AUGUUUAACUUCUUCUCUCGCUCUUAUGCUUCGUCCGCUGCUUCAACAGCAGCAUCAACUGUUUACUAUGCCGCUUCAACAGCGGCUUCAACUGCUUACGCGGCCUUGACGGCUACUUUCUUUCCUUCUCCUCCUCCUCCUCCUCACACCACCUGGCAGGCCGGUGGUGAUGAAUCCGACGAUAUAGCUGGUCUAUUUUCUUAUACUCUUCCUCCUCCUCUCUCCUCCGAUGGCGUUGACGCCUUUCCCUUUGGUGCUGGUUCACUUGAUAACGAUGAAAAUCGUUCUACAUCGCGCUGGUCGCAUGCUCUUCCUGGUGAAGAAGAUCAUUCUGUUUCGCGCUGGUCGUAUGCUCUUCCUGGUGAAGAAGAAGAUGGUGGUCAACAGACCGCCAUUUUGUUAAGAGAAGAUGUUGUGUCGCGCUGGUCGCCCCCACUUCCUGGUGAAGAAGACGCUGUUUCGCGCUGGUCGCCCCCACUUCCUGGUGAAGAAGAACCUGUUCCGCGCUGGUCGUUUGUCCUUCCUGGUGAAGAAGAAGAUGGUGGUCAACAGACCACCAUUUUGUCAAUAGAAGAUGUCGUUUCGCGCUGGUCGCCUCCUCUUCCUGGUGAAGGGGAUUCCUCUGCUUCCUGGGUGUCCUGGCUCUCCCCUGAAGAGUCUCCUCUCGCUGCUGACAUGGUCUCUCUCAAUGGGCCAUCCUCUCCGGCCUCCAUGAAGUCUGAAGAAAUGGAUUUGGACAUUGACUUCAUGGAGGUCGAUGAUCCCGUAGAUUUCCUCUGCGAAAUCUUUGAGGGGAUGGUCUUGGCUGCCACCGACGGUGAUCCUAUGGAAGGAAUAAUCUUUGGUAACUUCUAG